UUACAGCACAUUUUGUUUCUUCUUUUCUCAAAACAAAACAAUUUUAGCAAGGAAGCGUAAGAAAUUUAAAAAAAACGCACAAUUUGGUUGUCAUUGAUUGGACAAUGGGGGAACUAUGCAGAGCUUGCAUGGGAACGUCUGAAGCCUGCACAAACAUUUUCGAUGAGACACAAAAGUGGGACACUUGCAUUGCUGACAUGAUUGCCCAGUGUACCGGGUACGUGGUUAGGCGAGGGGAUUUACUACCAGAAAACAUAUGUCCGCCUUGCCUUGAGGAUGCUGUGAAUGCAUUCAAUCUUAAAAAAACCUGUGAGCAGAGCCAUGAAAUAUAUUUCCCGGUGUUGGAGAAGGAUGAGCAUACAGAAGAUCUCUGCGAAAAUCUUGAAGAUGAGGAUUCGGAAAUUUUAGCCAAUGAAGGACAGCAGUCCGAAUUUUCCGGCCAUGCAAAAAUACACAAAGAUGAUAAGGAUGUGGCUCUUCCGUUCAAAUGUAGUCACUGCCCGAAGUCCUUCUUGGAAAAAUCAAGUCUACAACUUCACAUCCGUACGCACACAGGGGAAAGACCCUUUAAGUGCUCCGACUGCUCGAAAUCAUUUAAACGAAAAGACCAUCUCAUGGAACACACCCGCAUCCACACAGGGGAGCGACCAUAUCAGUGCCCUCAUUGUUCAAAAUCGUUUAAAAAGCAUAACACUCUUCAAACGCACAUUCGUGCGUACACUGGGGAGCGACCAUAUCAGUGCAAUCAAUGUUCAAAAUCGUUUCCAAACCGUAAAGGCCUUAAAGCGCACAUGCGAACUCACUCUGAUGAUCGACCUUUCAAAUGCGCUUACUGCACAAAAACCUUUAGGCAAAAAUCGGGCCUCAGUGUGCAUAUUCUUACGCACACUGGAGAACUUCCGUACGAGUGUUCUUUCUGCGAAAAGUCCUUUAAAAAAAACAGCUGUUUGCGAAUGCAUAUCCGUACUCACACAGGAGAGCGACCCUACUCGUGCCCUCACUGCUUGAAGUCAUUCAAGCAGAAGCGACAUCUCACCGAACAUUUCCUAACCCACACUGAGGAAAAAUUCCACUCAUGUUCAUACUGCCCAAAGGCCUUUAAGCUAAAGUCUUCUCUUAAAAGACACGCCCGAACUCACACAAAAAGCGGCCCUUAAAGAGUUAAAGAUGAAACAAUUCAUUUACUUAUUCCGCUUAUUUUUGAGAUAAUCUAUACGUCACAUAAAGAAGGUCAACCGCGAUUCCAGACGUGGACGACCUCUAAAGAAGAAAAUGAAGCAGUUGAAGGUACUGAUAACGGACGAUCUCCUCAUCAAUAAAGAGGAUAGCACGUAUAACGAUUUGU